AUGAAACCAGGGAACCUCACGUGGGUAUCAGACUUUGUCUUCCUGGGGCUCUCGCAGACUCAGGAACUCCAGCGUUUCCUGUUUUCAAUGUUCCUGUUUGUCCACAUCACCGCUGUUAUGGGAAACAUCCUUAUCGUCAUCACACUGACCUCUGAUUCCCAGCUCCACACACCCAUGUACUUUCUGCUCCAAAACCUGGCUGUCCUAGACCUCUGUUUCUCUUCGGUCACUGCGCCCAAAAUGCUAGUGGACCUCCUCUCUGAGAAGAAAACCAUCUCCUACCAGGGCUGCAUGGGCCAGAUCUUCUUCUUCCACUUUUUGGGAGGUGCCAUGGUCUUCUUUCUCUCAGUGAUGGCCUUUAACCGCCUCAUUGCCAUCUCCCAGCCCCUCCGCUAUGUCACCAUCAUGAACACUCAGCUCUGGGUGGGGCUGGUGGUGGCCGCCUGGGUGGGAGGCUUUGUCCACUCUAUUGUCCAGCUGGCUCUGAUGCUCCCACUGCCCUUCUGUGGCCCCAAUGUUUUGGAUAACUUCUACUGUGAUGUUCCCCAGGUACUGAGACUUGCCUGCACUGACACCUCACUCCUGGAGUUCCUCAUGAUCUCCAACAGUGGGCUGCUCGAUGCCAUCUGGUUCUUCCUCCUCCUGAUCUCCUACUUAUUCAUCCUGGUGAUGCUGAAGUCACAUCCAGGGGAGGCAAGAAGGAAGGCAGCUUCCACCUGCACCACCCACAUCAUCGUGGUUUCCAUGAUCUUCGUUCCAAGCAUUUACUUCUAUGCCCGGCCCUUCACCCCAUUCCCUAUGGGCAAGCUUGUGUCCAUCAGCCACACAGUCAUGACCCCCAUGCUCAACCCCAUGAUCUAUACCCUGAGGAACCAGGACAUGCAGGCAGCAGUGAGAAGAUUAGGGAGACACUGGCUGGUUUGA